AGUGGCGGUUUCCUCGGCCACCGGCAGAGAAGCGAACGGUGCUGCUAGAUUGGUAUUGUUUUAGAAUCGCUCAGUGUACUUGUCGUGAGUGUAGCUCAACCAGUUUUUGCGUGAAGUGGACGGCGCCGCACCGAUGAAUCCGCUGGAAAAGCUUGAAGACGUGCUCCGAUCCUGCGAUAGAGUAUUCGUCGGUAUCAUUUGUCUACUCGUUUCGUUGGCUUUCUACUGGACGGGUUUCCUGCAGAUUCUCACAGCAUUCCUGCCAUCAAUCUUCUAUCUGCCUACUAUUGCUGCUAUCGCCGGUCUUCUGAGGUUAUUGGUGGAGCGUCGCCUCGGGCAGAAGAAAUUGCCUUCAGAAGGCAAAGCUGUUUUCAUCACCGGCUGCGAUUCAGGUUUCGGAAACUCGCUGAGCAGACGGCUCGCGAAUCGAGGAUACGUAGUGUUUGCGGGAUGCAUCGACGAAAACAGUGAAGGCGCUGCCUCGCUCCGAGACUAUUCAAAGUCGAUCAAAACACUUCAGCUGAAUGUCACCAAAGAGCAGGACUUGCUUGCGGUUGAAGAGGAAAUCACCGCUCAUCUGAACAGAGAAAAUCUCCAGCUGUGGGCUGUCAUCGCCAACGCAGGAGUGCUUCAUGAAACGCCGCUCGAGCUCUCGCCAAUGAGCGAAAUCGAAAAUUUGAUCAAUGUCAACCUACUCGGAGUGUUCAGGACUGUGAAAGCCCUACUGCCCGCCGUGCGGAAAUGCAAAGGCCGGAUCAUAGUGACAUCGAGUCUUUCUGCCACUUUCGCUUUCCCGUACCUGGUAUCUUAUUCUGUCUCAAAAACAGCCGUGAAAGCGUUCUGUCAAGGUUUGCAUCGAGAACUGCGGAAAUUUGAGGUCACCUGCAUCUCCAUCGAGCCCACAUUCUACAGAACUCCUCUGCUGAACAGAACCGGACCGACUCCUGCGGACCGUUUGCAGCAAGUCGAUGACGAAAGGAAGCAGGCUUAUUCUUUCUUCAUCAAUGAAUACGAGAAGCUGAUGAAGGGAAUGUAUAAGCUGGCCGAUACGAACAUCGAGGCGCCCAUCAAUGCGUUCGAGGACGCCGUUUGUUCAGCGCGACCGAAACGGAGCUACGUUCUGGCGCCGCUCCAGUACAGAAUACUGACGUAUAUCUCAUCUCAUUUCGAUCUGUGCUUCACUGAUCUCUUCAUCAACGCGUUGAUUUCACCGUGGAAAACGAUCUUGGAAAUCGUCCGACAUCAAUACGAUCGACUCUCUAGUUUAGACGCAUCUAAGUAUUAAGCUAGGAACUCGCUCUCGGCCGGUUGAUCUCGAAGGGCGCUUGCCUUCUGAGAAUAAUCGGUGCUAGGAAUGAUCUUUAUAUAUUAGAGCGUGAACUCACAAUUUAGACAUAUGUAUAGGUCUCUCAGAAUGAAAAUGGUUUGUUAAUCUCAGGAGCUGCGCGGUAUAUGAAGCGAUUCGCAUCGACGUUGAAUCCAUUGCGACAGAAUAAAUUGAUUCUUCAUCGUUGAAUGAG